AUGGUUAAUGUAUUUAAUCCUCAAAUUUUCUUCAUUGUUUUCCGUGAAGCCUUAGAAGCCGUGGUGGUUGUCUCUGUGUUGCUUGCCUUUUUGAAACAAGGUCUUGGAGGUGCCACGUCUGAUCCACUCAUCUAUAAGCGGUUGGUUCGACAGGUUUGGUGGGGUGCCGGGAUGGGGUUGCUAGUUUGUAUUAUUUUGGGUGCUGCCUUCAUUGCAACCUUUUAUACUCUUGGAAAUAAUAUUUGGUCCAAAUCUGAAGAUUUAUGGGAAGGUAUUUUCUGUGUCAUUGCAACAGUUUUAAUCUCCAUGAUGGGAAUUGCCAUGUUGCGUGUCAAUAAAAUGAAGGAAAAAUGGAGAAUAAAGUUGGCCAGGGCCUUGGUUCAAGCUCCUUCCAACAAGAAGGAUAGAUUCAAAAUUGGGUACUUGACCAAAAAAUACUGUAUGUUCAUUCUCCCAUUCAUCACUUGUUUGAGAGAAGGUUUGGAAGCAGUGGUCUUUGUUGGUGGUGUUGGUUUAUCCAGUCCUGCCACCGCAUUCCCAAUCCCUGUUAUCACCGGGUUACUUGCCGGAUGUGCUGUUGGUGCUCUUUUGUACUUUGGUGGUACCACCACUUCUUUGCAAAUCUUUUUGAUCAUUUCCACUUGUAUUCUUUACUUGAUCUCCGCUGGUUUGUUCUCCCGUGCUAUCUGGUAUUUUGAAAUGUACAAAUUGACAAAGAUGACUGGUGGUGACGUUGGUGAAAAUGGAUCUGGUCCAGGUACUUACGACAUCUCCAAGUCUGUUUGGCACGUCAACUGUUGUAACCCAGAAAAAGAUAACGGUUGGGAUGUGUUCAAUGCUCUUUUGGGAUGGCAAAACUCUGCCACCUACGGGUCUGUUAUUUCUUACAAUAUCUACUGGCUUGCUGUUAUUGCUACCUUAUUCUUGAUGUUGUACGAAGAAAAGCACGGUCACUUACCUUUCCUCAAGGGUGUUACAUUGGUCCAAUUGAACCCAAUGUACCACAUCAAGGGUAAGAAGAAAAACAACUUGUCCAAGGAGGAACAAGAUGAAUUAUUCACCAAGCUUAGACAACAGAAAAUCGGCCAAGAUGUCGAAGAAGACACUGCUUCUUCCACUACGAAGGAUAUCGUUGGAGUUUCUACAAACAAGAAGCUUGAGGUUUCUAACAAGUAG